AUGUGCAACCUUUGGAUGAAGAACGCUUCAACGAAAGCUAUGGAGAGUAACGUUAUUCCACCGCUUGAAGCAGUAUGGAAUUUAGCAAGGAUCUCGCUUGGUGUAGAAGGCAUCGGAACCAAGAAUCUCAAAGUAGAGCAUUGCCAACCACUGUCGUCGUCAUACCUUCGUUACUGUGGUCCGGAUGAUCUCUUUCACCCUCACACUGCAUUUACUGCUUCCAUCGACUCGGCAUUUCUAUUUCUAUUGACCGUAAGAGGGGUCCUGCCUCUUCUUGCGGGCUGCUACGCUGGAUAUCCUUCACCGCUGAAUUCAGCAUACACAAUUAUCGCACCGGAGAAGUAA